GGUCAUAUAAAGGCUUGUUUGGUUAAUAUCGAUAAUAUUAAUGAUCUGGAGGAGAAAAAGGAAGCAUGAAGUGGAACCGAUGCGGAUGACAGACUUUUUAAAAAAUUCUAUGAGCGGAAACUAGCGCCGGUUACUGCGCAGAACCGUACUCAUUUUGCACACCGGUUCUCUGGGUGUAUAUGUGUGUGCAUGUCUGUAAAAUUAGUUUUAGGUGGGAGAUGGCUCUGCUAACGUGCCAUGGACAAGAUUCUAGUGAGCCUGAGAGUAAAGCUGCGCUGACUGUUCUUUGUGAAAGAUCAGGGUUUUAUUGGUUUGGCGGCUGGGCAGCAAAGAAGUGAGCAAGUGUCCAAUCCAGGCUUUACCCGCUCUGUGUAAAUUGGCGCGGAACCGGGUGCGAGAUAAAAUAACUUGGAAAUUGCAACGAACGUACAUUUCACAUGUCGAUAUCCAGCUAAUCGAUGAAAAAAUAUCAAGGGCGGAGGUGGAACAGAACUUUGCUGGAUUUACAUUAUUGAAGAGGAUGUCGAGGCGCAGUGAUCGUUUGCAAGCCAAGCAGGCAAAAUUAGAGGGACAAAAGGAUGACACCAUUCAGUCAAAGAAGAGGAAACCUGAAGAAUGCAGUGAUCAUAACCAUGAAACGGAAGAGAGCAAGAGACGGCGACAGUUCCAGAUACAGAAUUGCUGGACACCCGUAGUACCCGGAGGUGUUAGCCCUUGCAUCCUUAUCCCCACACCCCACAAAGAUGCUGAUAUCACUGAAGAUUUUUCCAGGUUCUCUCAGUAUAGGUUUAAAAAUCUAUUCCUAACCAAAUCACCUCUACCGCCUCUCAGCUGGGGAAACUCUGAAGAUGUGUGGUCGAACAUGUUGAGAAAAGAAACCCAGUAUAUCCACAGCAAAAAUGUUCUCUCGCCACAUCCAUCCUUGCAGCCGAAAAUGAGAGCAAUUUUACUGGAUUGGCUCAUAGAGGUUUGCGAGGUCUAUGUGCUCCAUAGAGAAACCUUUUACCUCGCUCAGGACUUUUUUGAUCGGUUCAUGGUUACUCAAGAGAAUAUUCAUAAAAGCAAGCUGCAACUCAUUGGCAUCUCCUCACUCUUCAUUGCUGCAAAGCUGGAGGAAAUCUACCCUCCAAAACUAAAUGAGUUUGCAUAUGUCACAGAUGGUGCAUGUACAGAAACUGAAAUACUUGAUAUGGAAUUGAUCAUUCUAAAGGCCUUAAACUGGGAGCUGCGUCCAGUCACUAUUGUUUGCUGGUUGAAUCUUUAUCUUCAAAUUAUCUGUUUAAAAGAAAUACCCAACAUGUCGCUGCCACAAUAUUCUAAAGAAACCUUUAUACAGAUUGCUCAGCUUUUAGACCUGUGUAUCCUUGAUGUUGAGAGUUUGAGUUUCCCAUAUGGUAUAUUGGCUGCUGCUGCUUUGUGCCACUACACUUCUACAGAAGACACUUUCAAGGCAUCAGGCCUGGAAUGGGACAGCAUUUCUGAAUGUUUUAACUGGAUGGUCCCUUUUGCUAAAACCCUGAAUGAAGGUGAUCCCUUAAAAUUAAGAGAUUUCAAGCAAGUGGCAGAUGAUGAAAGACAUAACAUUCAGACACAUACUAAGUACUUGGAAUUGCUGGAGGAAGCACACAUUAAGAAAGCAGAGCAUACUGCAAGGUUAUCCCCUGUGUCUAUAGGAGGAAUCUUGACUCCACCUAAAAGCACUGAGAAACCAUUGUCUAGUUCAACAUACUGAACGGAUGAACUUACUGGAAGAGAAAGAAGAAGCUAGGACACAAAGUAUCGGAGAACUGUGGAUUUACAUACUGUGAGCUUGGGCUAUAUUACUGCCGUAAAAGGUAUCUAGAAACUUGAGCAGACCAAAGUUUUUUAAUUUUAUUAAAAAAAACAGCAGUGCAUCAUCUGGUGUUUUUAAUUUGUUUUAAAGAGUAAACAAGCUAGGUACUAGCAUCAGAUUAACACUUUGCUUCUGCCCAAGAGACUAAUCUAUUGGGACCAUUUGGGGGAAGGGGAAUAACUAACAAGAGCCAGUGAAGGUGAGGGAGCAAAGAUUUGCCUUUCUUCUUUACAGAGAAGGGGGAACACAUCUUACAAUUAGCUUUCAUUUGUCUUUCUCCUCCUAAUAUUUCAGUUAUAGUUCAGCACAUUGUCAAAGGACCUCAUUCAUCACUGAUGUAUGUUUUUACAUAACAUCUUUAAGCUAUGACUGAAUGAUAAAUGCUCAUGUGGAUGAAAUGUCAGUCAGUAUAGGAAAAUCUUAAUCUACUCUCAACUACAUUCCAAUAUGUACGCAUUGUUUGGAACGAUUUUGAAGCAUGCUGGCAGUGUAAUUAAUUGUACAUACAGUUUUUGUACUUAACUUUAAAAUGCAGGGCUAUGUUAUUUGGACCUGUACUGGUGCUGUUUUUCUCUCUUCAGGAUGGUUAAAUACUGGACUCUAAGCAUAUGAUUAAAUGGGGUAGUGGUUUCUUGCUGAGGGCGAUGUAAUCUGCAUAUACACUUUGUGCAGAUAUGCAAGUGGAUAAAGUUCAGUUUGAGCUCUGAUUUGUAUAUACAGCAAUGUCUAAAUGGAAUCCAUGUACAAUAAGAUGUUAUAUAGUUGAUAUAUAAACUAUUAGCAUUUCACAGCAAUUCGUGCCUCAUGCAGCUGGAAUAAACAACUGAAAAAAUAAUCUCACUGCCAAAGAGAAACCUACAUGAUUUUUAAUGUAUUGUAAAUAGCUUUGUAAAAAUGUACAGGAAAUUACAUAGCUAUCCAACACCACUAUAAAAAUACAUUUCAGUGUGCUAAGAAAAUAUGAACAUUCAAAACGUAAGCUAAAUGCUAGUUGGAUGUCUUUAACUGUAUGUAUUAAGAUGCAGUACUAUGAAAUAAAUACUAGGUGCUGUGAAAUUUUAA